GAGCCAGUCAUCCAUGUCCCACUCCAGCCCAUAGACACCAACAGGGCUGUGCUCUGGUUUACCCCUGAGCAGCUUAAGACAGUGGGGAAGAUGCUGGGGCCACUGACAAAGGAGACAGCGAUUAACUGGCUGUCCAGGGUGCAGCGUCUGCCCAAGUGCCAGAGUGGCAACUUUGUGAGUGACCUGAUAGACAUUGUGAGAAAGUGCAUGAAACCGGAUGAUUUUGCAGCACUGCCGGGGGAUGUGCAGAUGGGCAAUGUUCAGGACAUUGGGGACGUCCAGCUGGCCGUGCUGAAGGUGUUCUUCCCAGAGGUCAACCCCUUAGUGCUUUUCCACCAGGAGAAGCAAAACCCUGAGGAGAGGCCCGAUGCCUAUGUUAACCGUAAAAAGAUGCUCUACCAGAUGGCCGGGCUGCCUGGCUCAAAGGACUCCCCUGUUGAUUUUGACAGGCCUGAAUUCAAGGAGCCACUGGUGGUGGGGCUGACACCCCCACUGCGGGUGAUAGCUGGUGGGGAUGCAGCCAAAAAGCCUCUGUCAGAGCUGGAGCAGAUCCUGAACCAGAAUUUUGAGCUGCAAAAGCAGGCGUUCCCAGGGUACAUGCUGGGGGGGAAGAAAGGGAAAACCUUGGCCAUGCCUUUCCAAAACGCAGGGAUGAGAAAAAUGCAAGGAGACAACCGAAAAGAUCUUGAUGGCAAGGGGGGGCUGGGGAAGGAGAACCAGCAAGGGCUGAGGUUUCAGAAGUCUAACCCUUGGAGGGCUGAGCUGAGGAAGCGCUUGAUAAAAUAUGAGAAACAGGAGGACAUUGAUGGCUUGCCAGAUGCGGAGCUCUUCCAAAAACUGGCCCAGCAUGAGGCCAAAAAGCACAGCAGCUGCCACCCCAUUGACCCGGGGUCUAAGGCUCAGCAAUAGGGCUGCCAGGCACCCGCAUCGCCCCUUUUUGUGGCACCGAUUAAGACCAAUUUGUGGGGGCGCCUGAUAGUUGAUACAACUAUUGGAGGAGGGGUGCUUGGACAAGUGAUGUUAAUUGAUACUGGUGCCUCUUAUUCAAUUCUGAAUAUGGCUCCCAGCAGAGCUGGGAUCUUCCAAACCUCUGAAAUUAUUGAACUGACAGGCCCAAACGGCCAGAAAUCCUCAGUGCCCUUCACAGGGCCCGUACCCUUUGAAAUUGGGGCUGCCAAAGGGUCUGAAAAAUUUGGGAAAAUGGAAAUGAAAGGAAAGCCAGGAGUUUUAGCCAUCCCUUCAUUGACAAAGAUGGGGGUGGUUGUGGACCUGGCAAACCAAGCAUUGCUACA